AUGCGUUUCUCUCUCACUACUGCCCUUGUUGGUGCCGCUGCCUUGAUCUCUUCUGUCUCUGCUGACUUUUACAACCGUCUUAACGUUGAUGAUGCUGCCUUUUUGUUUGUUGAUCAUCAAACUGGUCUCUUGAACUUGGUCGGUGACUACAAUCCCGAUACCUACUUGAACAACGUUAUGGGUCUUGCCGAAUCUGCAAAGUACUUCAAGUCUCCUGUCGUCCUCACCACCUCUCGUGAAGACGGCCCUAACGGUGUCUUGCUCCCUGAGCUCAAGGCUUUGUUCCCUAACUCUAGCUAUGUUGCCAGACCUGGUCAAAUCAACGCUUGGGAUUCUGAGGAAUUCCGUGCUGCUGUCAAGAAGACUGGCAAGAAGCAAUUGAUUAUCUCAGGUAUUGUUACUGAUGUGUGUGUUACCUUCGUUGCUCUCUCUGCAAAGAAGGCUGGUUAUGAAGUCUUUGUUGUUACCGAUGCCUCCGGUACCUUCACUGAAGCUGUGCGUGAUGCUUCUUGGUUGAGAAUGCAACAAGGUGGUAUUCAACUCAUGAACUGGUUCGGUGUUGCUUGUGAAUUGGGUCGUGAUUGGCGCAAGGAUAUUGAGGGUAUGGCUGCUUUGUUCGCUAAGCGUUUGCCUUCUUACGCUCACAUCAUGGAUUCUUUCGCCGGUGCUCAAGCUGCUGCUUUAGCUGCUGCCAAGAAGAACUAG